AUGUCAUCUAAUCAACAAGAAAGUGAUGUUAUCUUGGUUCAAUUACUUUCUUUUGGCUUUGAUGAAUGGAUAUGUAAAAAGGCAAUCACUUGCAAUAAAACCGUGGAAGAAGCUGCUGAAUGGAUUUUGAAUUCUUUGGAUAUAAAUUCUGGUGUUAAACCAAAUUCUUCAAGUAAUACCUUGGUUUUGCGCCGAUCCGAUUCUUCCGAGAGCCCUGCUGCGUCAAUGAUGAUUGAUGCUGAACGGUCAUCAUCAGCCUCUUCUGCUUCUACUUCAAAACAAACUGUUAUAUCACGUUAUUCUACCGCAGAUGAUAAUUCUGAAUAUGCUAAAGAAUUGAAAGCAAAAGCUGCAAAAGCUGUUGAGGAAGCAAAGAAAUCAAAGCUUUUAGAACGAGAAGCUCGUAGAAAAACUUUAUUAGCAAUUAAAGAGGAUCGAGAGAAUUUGAAAAUACGCAAGAUAAGUCAUAAAAUAGAUGGUGGUAGCUCUGCAAGUUCUUCUUCAUAUUCUGCUCCACCACAAAAGACAGAACAAUCCGAUUCAACUCUUAUUCAAAUUCGUUUAUCAACUGGCCGGGCAAUACGUCAAAAGUUUCUUAAUACUGCUCUUGUAUCUGACCUAUUCAGUUGGGUUGUUAAUAAUAAUGAACCAAGCAAUAAGUUUCAUUUGGUUAUACCUUUUCCGCGAAAAGUGUUUGAUGAUGCUGAGAUGAGUUCGACUCUUGCAGAUGCUGGUUUAAUUCCAAACGCUUCGGAUUAA